AUGCGUUGUUGCGACUCGAGCGCUGAUCCAGCGCGUAGGUUUGCGUGCCUGCCAGCGGACGCGAUCGGGCUUUGCGGGUGGCUAUAUUCGUCGCCGGGAAGUGUUGAAGUCAAGGCACACCGCGUUCGGUACUUCAUGCAUCCGUCCGAUGUGUUCCAGACGGCGAAUUUCAACAUUGCCGACAUGCUCAAGCAAACGUCGUCGAUCGACCCCCGGCAUUUUGUCCUCGAGUCGCAGAUCGAAAUGUUCAACUUUGCCUUCCUCGCGUACGCAUGUGGCCACAAAGACUACUCGCAGGACUUUCUCCAUCUGCACAACAUGAUUGGAAACAAACGGUUUGGCCUGGUCGAUCACAUCCACGACCCCGGCAGCGACACGCACUGCUUGAUUGCGCAGUCGGGUGACAAGAUCGUCGUGGCGUUCCGCGGCACGAAGAGCUGGAAAAACUUUAGAACGGACUUCAAUGCGACCCGACGCGAGUAUGAGUACGACGCCGCGGCUGUGCCGGUCGACACGAUGACAGGGGAAUACCGCCCCCAGAGCAUCUCGAGAGUGAAUUGUUGCAAGCGGCGAUACCCGUGGGUCCACGAAGGUUUCUGGACCGCGUACCAAACCGUCGCGGCGACGGUCCUGGCGGCCAUCGAGUCAUUGCAUCACGAGUGCCCCCGGCCCGUGUACGUCACAGGCCACAGCCUUGGUGGUGCGUUGGCGAUUCUGUGCAGCUUGGACGUAGCACUGAAGUGGGGCUCCACCCAAGUUGCGUGCACGACCUUUGGGUGUCCCCGAGUCGGCGGAAAUGCGUUCAAGAAGCUCUUCAACGCCCUCGUGCCCACCACGUUUCGGUUUGUCAAUGGACGCGACCCCAUCUGCCACUCCCCGCUUCGGACGUUGUGGGACUCGUUCACGGAAGUCGGGACCACCGUCUUGCUCAACGACUUUGGCAACAUGAUCAUCAACCCAAACAUGCUCGAGUACAACAUGCUCAACCAAGGCGUGUCGAUGGAGGCCCAUCGGUUGACGUUUUAUCAGCUGUCGCUCUUGCUGUGGUGCAGUCGGGCGCACGCGCGAACAUUCGAGCCGCAGUUCUGGCCCCAUUCCUUGCAACAACUUCGACUCUUGUGCGGGCACAUCCCCGAAGUGCUGCAGUAUUUAAGUCGCAGCUCGUUGCUCGGCGCGCACCCGAUUUCCGAGGAGAUUCGACUCAUGUCGAUUUUGCAUGAAGUUCGCCAGUGCGUUCGGCCGGUGCGGAUUCGCGUCGGCGUGUUCAAGCGUGAGAUUGCGUGUUUGUCGGCGAAAACCAUGAUCGAUACGCUGGUCGGCAACCAGUUUGUCACGAGCGAAGCAGAAGCGGUCGAAGUGGGCCGCAUUAUGCUUGCCAAGGGGCGCAUCAAGAUGGUCGAUAGCGUCGUCUUCAACAAGCAAGGCCACUUCAUCCUGCUCAACAACCCGUCGCCCAAGAAACGGCGCACGCUUCAUGUCGAAAACGCCGACCCGCGACUCCAUUGA